AUGGCAGAAGUAUUAUUUUGUUUAAUAAUACUAAUUAUCCAACUAAUUGUAAUCCAAAACCAUUUGUCAUGCAAAGCUGAUCCUAUUGAUGGUUUCACUCCCAUAUCUAUUAGCCAAAGCAAUUUCCAAAUUCAAAAGCCUGAUGAUGUGCCUGUGAAUCAAAGGUAUUCCUUCAUUGAUGGAGUUCACAAAUUUUGGGUUUUCAAAACUGACAAGACCCAUACUACCACUAGCCAAAUAAAACCCCGUUGUGAAAUUCGUAUAACGGGGCAUGAUUAUUCAUCGGGUAUUUGGCAAUUUGAGGCAAAUGGAUAUGUCCCAAGUGGUUCAUCUGGUGUGUCAAUAAUGCAAGUAUUUGGAGCAUCACCAUCAGCCACAACUUUAGUGCUAAGAGUUUAUGAUGGGAACCUACAUUACUAUAGAGAAAAAGUGAUUGAAUCAAAUAUUUAUAAUAGAUGGUUCAGAUUAAAUGUGAUUCAUGAUGUUGGUGCAAGUAAAUCAAAAGUUUAUAUUAAUGGAAUUCUCAAACAUGAAACAUUAGGAAGAGGAGGAGAUAAUCAUUAUUUCAAGUUUGGAGUUUAUGCACAAGAUAAUGAAUCAGAUCGUAUGGAGUCUCGUUGGAGAGGGAUUAAGCUAUUUAAAAAAUAA